AAUGUAUUACACGUGUGCUCCGAAUACAUUUUAAGGUUUUCACGAUUUCGUAUAUAAAGAAAUAGGAGCACAAAAAAUAUCACUGGUGGCGAAUGGUUGGGCCCAUUUUGCGUUUUCAAGUGUUACAGACUGUGUUAUUUCUCCCUACGCACAUAACACAUGCAACUUAGAAUUCAAUGCACGUUGUUGAAGGAGCCUAAUGUCUUCGUGAUCUACUUGUUCGUAUUUAAAAUGCCAUCCAAGUAGCCAUCGUGGGCACUAGAAAUUGGUUCCAUAGGCUACAGUGGUAAGCUAAAGCAUGUCAAGGACAUCAGAACGAUGCACAUAUUCACAUUCAGUAAAGUCCAACCCUAUUCGAGUCUAUUUGCGUCCAGUCCUGUCUUAAUACGUUUACUACAAACAGAGACCGGUGUUUCCCCUAAGCACGAGCACUUCCAACAGGUGAUGUCGUGCGGUAGCUGAGAAAACCAUGUCAGCGAGAUGCCGAGGAAUUUCAAAGGAAUAUGCUGGACUGUCGUACUUCUGUUCGCUUUGGUUACUUGGAGUCGUCAUAUUCAAGCAGAUAAGCACCGAGAAUAUCCCAAGCUAAAUACUAUUCCUGUAACAAACUUUACGUGUUUGGCGAAACUUCCUGGUUAUUAUGCUGAUCCCCAUCCUUCGUCAGGCUGCCAAGUUUACCAUAUGUGUCAUACGAAGAGGAGGAAGUACAGUUACCUUUGUCCUAAUCACACCUUGUUUAACCAGGCUCAACUCAUCUGUGACCACUGGUAUAAUGUGAACUGCUCUUUGGCUGAAAAUAAUUACAAAGUGAACGAUAAAUUAUUUGCAGAAGGAAAAAUCAAAUUUGAAACCAGGCUUCCUACAAUACGUUCUUCAUUUUCUGCUAAGCCUAAUGACGACAUAACUUCGUUUUCAUCUAAACCUGAAGUCAGGGGAACAAAUCCCCCUCUCGACCGUAUAUCGGGUUCUCGUAAACACAAACCUCCUGUUGAAGUACCGGGAGACAGUGGUCGAGGACGUUCAAAAGUAGUUUUUCAAACCAUAUUACCGCAGACUAUGAGAGUACAAUCUAUUCAUGGAAAAUGUGUUGGUUGUAUGACAUUCUACAUCAGAGAUGGAGAAGAAUGCACACCUUGUGUUUGGCCAAGAUGAUACACUUCUUCAUAUUGCUUCACCUUGACUUAAUACUUGAUGUUUAUUUGUAAAAACGCAUAUUUCAAACGUGUUAAAAAAACGAAUUAAUAGUAUUAUAUUCAAUUUGAUCUUUGGAAAGAAAUCUAAAUAAAUGAAGAUUCG